AUCUCAGGGAGCCUAAGAUAGAGGGGGUUGGCUGCUGUCCAAGGUGGGGUGGAGACGGGGACUCAGCCCCACCCCAAGCAAGUGUUCUACUUUCUUCCUCACUUGGGCAGGGUGGACCCAGGAGGCCUGAGCAGCAUCUGCCCCCAGCCCCCUGCGGGGCCUCGGGGCCCCCUGCAACGUCCAGGACGGAGCCUGACGGUGCGGGUACCAUGAACAAGCUGCGGCAGAGCCUGCGGCGGAGGAAGCCAGCCUACGUCCCUGAGGCUUCGCGCCCGCACCAGUGGCAGGCUGAUGAGGACGCGGUGCGCAAAGGCACGUGCAGCUUCCCGGUCCGGUACCUGGGCCACGUGGAGGUGGAGGAGUCUCGGGGGAUGCACGUGUGUGAAGAUGCUGUGAAGAAGCUGAAGGCGAUGGGCCGCAAGUCUGUGAAGUCUGUCCUGUGGGUGUCAGCCGAUGGACUGCGCGUGGUGGAUGACAAGACCAAGGACCUGCUAGUAGACCAGACCAUCGAGAAGGUCUCCUUCUGUGCUCCUGACCGCAGCCUGGACAAGGCUUUCUCCUACAUCUGCCGCGACGGGACCACCCGCCGCUGGAUCUGCCACUGCUUCCUGGCCCUCAAGGACUCUGGCGAGAGGCUGAGCCACGCAGUGGGCUGUGCCUUCGCUGCCUGCCUAGAACGAAAACAGAGGCGGGAGAAGGAAUGUGGGGUCACAGCCGCCUUCGAUGCCAGCCGCACCAGCUUCUCCCGCGAGGGCUCCUUCCGUCUCUCUGGAGGUGGGCGGCCCGCUGAGCGUGAGGCCUCAGAUAAAAAGAAAGCAGAGGCAGCCGCUGCCCCCGCCGUGGCUCCAGGCCCUGCCCAGCCUGGACACGUAUCCCCGACGCCAGCCACCACGUCCCCGGGCGAGAAGGGCGAAGCAGGCACCCCGGUGGCUGCGGGCACCUCUGCGGCCGCCAUCCCCCGGCGCCACGCCCCCCUGGAGCAGUUAGUGCGCCAGGGCUCCUUCCGCGGGUUCCCUGCACUGAGCCAGAAAAACUCACCUUUCAAACGGCAGCUGAGCCUGCGGCUGAACGAGCUGCCUUCCACGCUGCAGCGCCGCACCGACUUCCAGGUGAAGGGCACAGUGCCUGAGAUGGAGCCUCCUGCCCCCAGCGACAGUGAUGGCAUCAAUGCUCUGUGCACACAGAUCAGCUCGUCCUUCGCCAGGGCCGGAGCAGCUGCACCGGGCCCCCCUCCGGCCACAACAGGGACCUCUGCCUGGGGGGAGCCCUCCGUGCCCCCUGCAGCUGCCUUCCAGCCCGGGCACAAGCGGACACCCUCAGAGGCUGAGCGGUGGCUGGAGGAGGUGUCGCAGGUGGCCAAGGCGCAGCAGCAGCAGCAGCAGCAGCAGCAAGGAGCCUCGGGACCCCCUGUGCCCAUGCUGCCCACCCUGCAGCCCUUCCCCGCCCCUGUGGGGCCCUUUGACGCAGCGCCUGCCCAGGUGGCACUGUUCCUGCCGCCCCCACAUAUGCAGCCUCCCUUUGUGCCCCCGUACCCAGGCCUAGGCUACCCGCCAAUGCCCCGGGUACCCGUGGUGGGCAUCACACCCUCACAGAUGGUAGCCAACGCCUUCUGCUCCGCCACCCAGCUCCAGCCCCAGCCUGCCACCUUGCUUGGGAAAGCUGGGGCCUUCCCGCCCCCUGUCGCACCCGGUGCCCCUGGAGGCCAGGCCCUCCCACGCCCCAACGGGGCCCCCUGGCCCCCAGAGCCAGCACCUGCCUCGGCCCCUGAGCUGGACCCCUUUGAGGCCCAGUGGGCCGCUUUAGAAGGCAAAUCUACCACCGAGAAACCUUCCAACCCCUUCUCUGGUGACCUGCAAAAGACCUUUGAGAUUGAACUGUAGCCCAAGCCGCCCCUGCCCACCCAGUACCUCCAGGUGCCCCACCCCUGGGAGGGGAAGCCAAGCCCCCCCCAUCCUGCUCGCCGGGGCUGCACCCCCCUCCACAGUCUCUAAUCACUUCUCCUACCCCCUCCCCCCCCAUCACUCCGGAACCCACACUGGGAUGCGCAGGGUGACAGGAUGGGAUUCAGGGACGGACCCUGCCUGGCCAAGGGACUCAUUUCACUGCCGGACUUCACCUGGCAGUGCCCCUUCCCCCAACCGCAGACACAGGGGUGGCCACUACCCCCUGGACACCCUCCAUUCCCACUACAGCCCCGGUUUCUGUUGUUCCCCCUCUUCCCCUUUCCAGUGCCCGGCUGGAUGGAGGAGGGUGCCCACCUGAGUGUACUCACGCCCCCACAUACACAGCACAAGCUAAGGGCUCCCCCCGCCCACUCGCUGCGUUCACUGCCAAGGUUGUGCUCACCCCUCUUGCCGCCCCUCCCCUCCCCGCCCCAUUCUCUUGGGUCAAGAUCACAUGAGGGGCAGGGGCCAAGUUGGGGGCCUAGGAAGCGGGGGAGGGGGAGGGGAAGAAGAUGCUCACUUACCUCACGUCUGUACCCACUUGGUGGGCGGGUCCGGUCAGAAGGGGAGGAGUCCCUGGCAGGUACUUUUCUAUCUUUGAUUUCCAGAUUUUUUUUUAAUCUACUGGCGGGUUUGUAUUAUACAAGGAUAGCCAAUAAAGGAAUAUGAUGCAGA